AUGACUGAGCCCCUCGUUGCGACCGGGAACGGCACCUGCGACGUGCUCAUGCUGAACAGCGGCGACCUGCCGCAGACAAUCAAGGCCGACUGGAUCGGGACGCACGAGGACGACCCCGUCGUGCUCCCCAUCCUCGUCUUCGACCUGGGUACGCGUGCCGACUUUGCCUCGUCCGUCGACCCCGCCAUCCUUUCCCGUUUCCAGCGCUCUCCGCCCGUGGUCCACCGCAAGCUCCCCCAGGACUUGCCCAAAGACUGCCAGCCGCUUAGUGGCGUCUUCAUCUCGCACUUCCACUGGGACCACUGCGGCAAUCCCGCCAGCGUACCGCCCGGAGUACCCGUGUGGGUUGGGCGUGGGGCGCUGGAGGGACUCGAGAAGGGCGGCUUCGGGGCGCAUGUUGGACCUGCCCCGCCCGAGGUCAAGGCGCGCAUCAAGGAGAUUCCUGAGGGCGACACGAGCGUCUGGGGCUACGAACAGAAGGGCUGGAAUGUGUUCGGCGACGGCAGCUUCAUCAUGCUUCCUGCGCCGGGGCACUGCGCGGGACACUGUAUCGCCAUUGUGCGAGUGCAGAAGGAUCCGGACGCCUAUUUUGGCCGUCUUCCACUCCACUCCGACGAGGAGGAGGCGAGGCGCAAUCUGGCCCGCCUGUCCAAGAUCCACGCUCGUGACGAUUGCUGGAUCAUCGUCGCGCACGAGCGCGAGGCGAAAGAGGUGGUUCCCGAAGAGACGUGGCUCGGCGACUGGCGCGAGAAGGGCUGGAAGGACAAGGUCGGCCAGCUCAGGAAGGACGAGGCGCUCAUCGACUGCUGGGCCGACAAGAUGAAGCCGCAGAAGGUCGUUGGCGAGGAGAGCUAUGAGUGA